CCCAACAAGUUCCGGGUCUUGUGUUAGAAAGCGACCAACCGGGUCAGUUCGUCUUCCACGCUUCCAUAGCUGGUCCCCUAACCAACAUGAUUAACAUAACUUGGCCGUCCCCACACCCUUAGCUACGUGGUAGCAUUACAGACAGAGCACCAAACCUCGGAACACCACCUUUGCACGGCCGCCUCGCACGUAUCAAUCAACAUGCAUGCUAAUGCUGCCACAUGUCACGCAUCUACAGCUAACUAAUAAAUAUAUAUUUAUAUUAAAAAAAAAAUCUACGGAAAACGUCAGAUAUCACGUAAGUGAACCACGGAGUCAUGGACAAUGAAAAGAAUCUCUCCUUCCUAUGUUACCACCAUUUGUUCACAUCAGAGCCGUUGAUCAGAGGAAAAAUCUUUUUUUAUUUUUUUAUUUUUUUUCUUUAAAAAGGUAUUAAUUAAAGAGUGUCCCCACGUGGCAGGGACGCGUGUACGUAGUAGUCUUCGUUUAAAAGAGAAACACGUGUCAAAGCAUUCGGGAGAUGACAAGAGAUGAAUGAACGGUUUGGAUGAAUCGGUUCUGGGACAAGGUUGGGCAGGACGGUGAGGGGCACCUGUCAAUCUCGUCGUCGUCCUCGUCGUUAAAAGGAGGAAGAGUUGUGACUUGUGAGGGAUUUCCCUUAGUUUUUUUUGUUGCUCUAAUUCUCUUUCGUGAAGCGAGAGCGCGUUUGCUUUGAUUGAGGUUUUGUGGUCUUCUCUAAUGGCGGAGGUAUGCUGUGAGGUGGUGAGUCAGAGAGAGGUGGUUACAGAGUCAUGUGAGCCGAGCACACGGGCAGCGAGGCGGAGAAGGAUGCAGCUAAGGAGGAUAAAGUUUGUAUCAGGCGUCGGUACAGUGGUUGGCACGGCGGAGCCGAUGAGGAAAAGGCAGCGUGUGGAGUUGCUGGAAGAUGUUGUGCGGAGUGGCGCCGUAGAGCAUCAUCGGGAAGGGUCGGGGAGUGGGACGAACUCCAGCUCGUGUGCUCCUCGUCGUGCUAAGUAUGGCAUGACGGCGGUGUGUGGACGGAGGAGAGAGAUGGAAGACGUUGUCUCGAUCCAGACGGAGUUCCUCCGGGGUAGUCUAGGUCACGAGACGUACCAAUUCUAUGGGGUUUUUGACGGGCAUGGGUGUUCGCAUGCGGCGGUGUCGUGUCAGGAUCGAAUGCAUGAGUUGGUGGCAGAGGAGAUAAGGAUGGUUGACACUGGAUCCAUGGCGAUGGCUGUAAGGAACUGGGAAGGGGUAAUGAAAAGGAGCUUCUUGAGAAUGGACGCGGAGGUCGAAGACUGGCGCGGUAGCAUUCGGACAGGCACCUGCAAGUGUGAGCUGCGUAUGCCUAAUUGUGACCACGUGGGAUCAACAGCCGUGGUGGCAGUGGUCACACCGGACCAAAUCAUCGUCAGCAACUGCGGUGAUUCUCGUGCUGUAUUAUGUAAAGGAGGUGUUGCCAUCCCCUUGUCCACUGAUCACAAGCCUGAUCGGCCGGAUGAGAUGGAACGGAUUGAACAGGCUGGUGGUCGUGUCAUCUAUUGGGAUGGACCUCGAGUUCUUGGGGUGCUUGCUAUGUCUAGAGCCAUAGGGGAUGCAUAUCUUAAACCAUACGUGAUAUCGGAGCCGGAGGUGACGGUGACGGAGAGGACAGGGGAGGAGGAGUGUUUGAUAUUGGCAAGUGAUGGGUUGUGGGACGUUGUGAGUAAUGAGAUGGCAUGUGACAUCGCCAGGAUGUGUUUGCGGGCCAGUGGAGGAGAUGGGGACGAAAGCGUUGGGUAUGAAACCGAGGGCCAUGCGAGAAGAGGUUCGGAUAAGGCUUGCUGUGAUGCGUCCAUGUUGCUCACCAAAUUGGCGCUCGCUAGACACAGUACUGAUAACGUCAGUGUUGUUGUUAUUGAUCUCUAACGGAGAUCAUAAUCAGUCACAGAAACAAAAUUAUAUAAAUAUAUCUACACGCAAGUCUGUAUAAUACAUGCUUUUGUUUUUAGUUUUUUUUUUUUUCAAAUAUAUAUAUAUAUAUAUAUAUAAAUGUAAGCAGAGAAGAGCAAGUUUUCUUGGAAAUACUUUUGGACUACACAUUAUCUUGGGCGA